GCAUCAUGAGCAACAUGACUGGCAGCCACGCUUGUUGCAAUUUUUUAAAUAUGUGGAAAAAAAGCAAAAUAUCGACCAUGUAUUACCUGAACCAAGAUGCCAAACUAUCUAACUUGUUUCUCCAGGCUAGCAGUCCAACCACAGGAGCAGCUCCCAGGAGCCAUUCCAGGUUGUCUGUCUGUCCAUCCACACAGGACAUCUGCAGAUCUGCCACCUUGCAUGACAUGUCAGAAGAUGCAUUUGAGCACUGCACCCCUGUCGUGGUGCUGACCCCUGCUAGGAAGGAAUCUGGCAAAAAGCCAGUAAAACAGAAGCCUAGGAGGAGGCGCAGGGCCUCUGAGAGAUACGAGCAUGCAGAAGAGCGAACCAAAGAGAGAAAAAAUGACUUUCACCUCCCCAUCGCAAGUCCCAGGUGGAGGGAACUUCAUAGAGAUUCUUCAGGUUCAUCUUCCACAGAUGAGAGUCAGUGGAUUCAGGCCAAAAGGAGAGCCCAGGUUAAAUUCCGAUUGUCACGAAGAAGGCGAAAUAAUAUUAAAUCAAGCGGAAACUUGGCUGGUUCUUCCACUCCGAAUGGAAUCAAACUUGUGGAGCUGGGAUCUGAAAGGGUGAAGCCGCGGGAGCUGACGGAAUGCGAGAGGUGCUCUCUAAACCUCUGCAAAGGAAAAGUGACCAGGUACCGAGCAGGCAGCUCUUCACAGCCCAGAGGAUCCUUGGAGGCCAAGAGACCUUCAAGGAUCCAUCAGGGAAGCAAAGGCGGAGGCUGCCACAGUGAUGAUCAGCUCUUGCACACACUUGGGCACCGUGAACCAAGCGGGAAUAGAUUUGCAGCAAUGGAUUCCAGCACUGAAAUCUUGACGGUUACAGAAGGCGGCACGUUUGCAGUUGACACGGGGUUGCAGGUGAAUAGCUCUGUUCAGACGCCUCCUGAUGCCCAUCAAAAAGGGGCCGAUAAUUUAAAAGUCUGCAGGAUCUGUCACUGCGAAGGGGAUGAAGAGAGCCCCCUCAUCACCCCCUGCCGCUGCACGGGGACCCUGCGCUUUGUGCACCAGUCCUGCCUCCACCAGUGGAUCAAGAGCUCCGACACGCGCUGCUGUGAACUCUGCAAGUACGACUUCAUAAUGGAGACCAAGCUGAAGCCGCUGCGGAAGUGGGAAAAACUACAGAUGACCACGAGUGAGAGGAGGAAGAUAUUCUGCUCCGUCACGUUCCACGUCAUCGCCAUCACCUGCGUGGUCUGGUCUCUGUACGUGCUGAUAGACCGGACGGCAGAGGAGAUCAGGCAAGGCAACGACAAUGGUGUCCUUGAAUGGCCAUUCUGGACAAAACUGGUUGUGGUGGCCAUUGGCUUCACAGGAGGUCUCGUCUUCAUGUACGUACAGUGUAAAGUCUACGUUCAGCUGUGGCGCAGGCUGAAGGCCUAUAACCGUGUCAUCUUUGUGCAGAAUUGCCCAGACACUGCCAAUAAACUGGAGAAGAACUUCUCGUGUAAUGUCAACACGGACAUCAAGGAUGCUGUGGUUGUGCCUGUAACACAAACAGGUACAAAUCCACUGCCGUCCUCAGAAGCUGGGCCCCCUGAGGUCAUACCAGUUUGAUGGAACUAGCUAGGAGUUUCUUCACUGGAGGAUAUCUUGCUAGCCCUCAGCCACUACACACAUCACAAGGGAUCCUGCAUUAUUCACUCCCUUAUCUUCUCCCUCUCCUACUGACUCAUUUUUCCCCCUUACUUCACUCAAAAGAAAAAGAAAGGAGGAAAAAAUAAACCAACUGACCAGGAUCCUGUGAAGCAGGGUCAAAAGUGAGAUGUGGAAGCAAGAAGCUUGCUGGAGACUGAUUGUUAAGACAAUAAGGAAGCACUGGCAUAAGGAUUGCUUAUGAAUGACUGAGUGGGCGCGAUGCUCUUUGGGAUAGCUGGGGAAAAGGCCAAGAAUACAGACUUGGAUUACAAUGUGUGUUUCUUCUUAGGGCCUCAACUGGAAAUAACAAAUGUAUUUGGUCUCAAACCUGAAAUUAUCUCCUUUAUCCCUCUCAUCUUGGAAGCAACCUUGGAGGAUGUAUAUUUUGAUAGACUUUGACAGCUGAUUUUUAUGGGUAUAGUGGUGUCUGGUAUUUUGACAGAUGCAUGUUUUAAAAAACAAUGGAUGCAAGAUACAUUUGAAGAUAGAAACAUUUGGAAUUAUGUUUAAAUCAUGAACAAAAGAUUUACACAGAAAUUUGAGGGUAAACUAGCCUUGUUUAAUACCCUCUCCCAAGUUGAAAUCAGCUUUCAGGUAUUUUAUCUGAUCUUUUGAAUACGGUGAUGUCCAAAUGGCAAAAGCUAGGAAUGCAGGUCACAUAUGUAAAUUUUGAAUUUCCUAGUACAUGUUGAGCGCAUCAGUAGCUCAUGCCUGUAAUCCUAGCUUCUCAAGAGGCUGAGAUAUGAGGAUCAUGGUUCAAAG